GAGUACGACAAGAAGCUGAAGGAGUCGCAGACGCAGGAGAACAUUGAGGUGCGCUGGGACGUCGGCUUGAACAUGAAAAUACUGGCGUACUUUAAGAUUGCCAAAGCGGACGCCGACAUGCGGCUGAUGCACGGCGACGAGUUGAAGCUGCGCUACGUGGGCGCGGAGACGAAGCCCUGGGCCGGUAUCGGCCAUGUGACGAAGAUUCCGGACAACUUUAGCGAGGAGGUGGCCAUCGAGCUGAAGAACAACUUUAACGUGCCGACCAGCGUCACGACGAGCUUUGUGGUGGACUUUGUGUGGAAGGCGACCAGUUUUGAUCGAAUGCAAUCGGCGCUGCGCAAGUUUGCCAUGGACGAGACCAGCGUCAACAGCUUCAUCUACCACAAGCUGCUCGGCCAUGAGGUGGACGACAGCAAGGGGGCGGUGAACUCCAGCAAACUCUACCUCGCGCCAAACCUUCCCGAGCUGAACAAGUCGCAGAUGUUUGCCGUGAAGCAGUCUGUCGCCCGCUCUCUGACGCUGAUCCAAGGUCCACCGGGCACCGGAAAGACCGUCACCUCCGCCUCCAUCGUCUACCACUUUGUGAAGUCGGGCCUGGCGCCGGUGCUCGUUUGCGCGCCCAGCAACAUCGCCGUCGACCAGCUGACGGAGAAGAUUCACCGCACCGGCCUGAAGGUGGUUCGCCUGUGCGCAAAGAGUCGCGAAGCGGUGAGCUCUCCGGUGAGCUUCCUAUCUCUUCAUAAUCAAAUUCGAAAAAUGGAAGGCCACUCGGAGUUUAAGAAGCUGCAGCAGCUGAAGGACGAAACGGGAGAACUUAGCUCGGCAGAUGAAAAUCGCUACCGAAUUCUGAAGCGAACCUGUGAGCGAGAGCUGCUCGAAGCGGCGGACGUCAUCUGUUCUACGGCGGUGGGAGCCGGUGAUCCUCGCCUUUCCCGCUUCAAGUUUCACUCCAUUCUCAUUGACGAGUCGAUGCAGGCGACGGAGCCGGAGUGCAUGGUCCCCGUGGUCCUCGGGGCCCGACAGCUGGUCCUCGUUGGAGACCACUGCCAGCUGGGGCCGGUGGUGAUGUGCAAGAAGGCGGGCCGGGCGGGGCUGAAUCGUUCGCUUUUCGAACGCCUCGUUGUCCUGGGCAUUCGCCCCAUCCGCCUGGAGGUGCAGUAUCGAAUGCACCCGGCGCUGAGCGAGUUUCCCUCGAACCUCUUCUACGAAGGGUCCCUCCAAAAUGGC